UAUCGGACCAGGCGGUCGGUCAGGACGGUGAAUCGGUACUGAGGGCCAGCAAUGAUGGCCUGGGGAUUUGCCCGAGGACUGGUGGGGAAUCGGUACUUCUCCAUGGCUGAUAUCGCAGGAGUCCCCGGUGGGUUGAGUAUACGAGAAUCUGACCGAGAAGAUGGCCAACGUGGGAGGAUUUCAAGUCCGCGCUUCUACCGAUCAUUGCUGCACGAUGACCUGGCAUGCAGUGGCUGCACCAGGUAUCUGGCUUCUGAUGUCAUCGUCAUCCAUCGCAUGGGGCGGCGAGAGCGGCUUUGAUUCCGAUGGAUCCAACCGAGGGAGUUUUCUAUAUCCGCUCCAGUGGGCAGUCGUACAGCAAGAGGAGCCACGGAAGGGAACAUAAGGGGAAAAUACGCAGAAAAAAAAAAUCAAUAAACAACGAGGACACUGGAAACCCGAAGAGACAGACUCCCAAGAACCAAAUCUCAAG